CGGCCCCUCCCUCGGAGUUCCAGGUCCGGACGCCGCGGGUGAACUGCCCAGAGAAGGUGAUCAUCUGCUUGGAUCUCUCGGAGGAAAUGUCCCAUCUGAGGCUAGAGUCCUUCAACGGGCUGGAAACCAACGCACUGAACAUCUCCCAGAAGAUGAUUGAGAUGUUUGUCCGCACGAAACACAAGAUUGACAAGAGCCACGAGUUUGCGCUGGUGGUGGCGAACAACGACGUCACUUGGCUUUCCGGCUUCACUUCCGAGCCCAGAGAAGUGUGCAGCUGUUUGUAUGACUUGGAGACAGUGGUCUGCAAAUCCUUCAACCUGGAAGGCCUUUUCAGUCUCAUACAGCAGAAGACGGAGCUUCCGGUGACGGAGAACGUCCAGACCAUCCCACCGCCCUACGUGGUGAGGACCAUCCUGGUGUACAGUCGUCCUGCUUGCCAGCCACCGGUGGUGGUGACGGACCAGAUGAAGAAGAUGCUCCACUGCCCUUAUUUCUUCUUUGACGUGCUUUACAUCCACAACGGCAUUGAGGACAAAGAGGAGGAGAUCACCUGGAAGGAGACCUUUGCCUUCUUCAGCAACCUGGACGCCAAGGGCACCGACUACAAGUACGAGGUCUCCCUGAGCGGCCCGGCCGUGGAGCUUCACAACUGCAUGGCCAAACUGCUGGCCCACCCGCUCCAGCGGCCCUUCCAGACCCACGCCUCCUACCGCAUGCUGGAGGACGAGGAGGACGCGCCGGAGAUCGAGGCCGUCGUGUGACCCGCCGGAGGAGGG